UCUCGUGCUGACUUAUCUUGCAAACCUAGAGUCUCCUUUAGUCGAGACAGGUUUUGGACACAAGUGGGAAAAUUUCACAAAUAUCAAAAUAACAACUGACAUCCUAUCUGAAGUUUCCAAUAUUCAAAGCUCUGUUAAAUGUAUGUCGCUGUGUCUUAUGACCGAGGCGUGUGUGUCUGUGUUCUACAGACGACAACAUCGACGUUGUCAGCUCCAUGACGUGUUGUUCAUGUCGCCCCAGGAUGGACAAGAGGAGGCGGGAACUGUGUACUACAGUCUUAGUUCAGGUACUUGUCCACCCGGCUACAUCCACAACCGCCUCCUAAAUGUUUGCUAUCAGCUUCAUCCUGACAAGAUCUCCUACAUCGAGGGUCUUGCUGACUGUAGAUCAAGAGGAGAACACUUUCUUGUCAUUGACAGUCCAGACAAGCAGAGUCACUUUGUAAAGCAGGUCACAGCCUCUACAGAUAGCAAAACAUUUGGCUACUACAUCGAUGGAUCAGAUGUGGCAACAGAAGGGCAGUGGGUAUACCACGAUAGUCGACCAAUGACCUAUUUCGCUUGGGCUCCAGGGUGCCCGGAAAAUCGCACAGCAAACAAAGACUACAUUGUGGCAAGCAAGUACAAUGCGUUUCGGUGGAGAGACAGGGUUUUGACAAGCACAAAAUACUAUGCUUGCGAGAAAGAUGUUUGAUGUAGUUGCUUGUUGGUAAAGAACAGUCCAUAUCUUGAUGUAUUGCACCAUGCCAAUUUCCGUAUACAGCACAUGCCGUUACCACAUUAGAUCGUCUAACCUACAUUCCACCCUGAUGUUCAGCUGCAUUGAUACAAUACCCGAUUGUGUAAUUAAUCAAUCAUAGAAUCAUACAAAUCAAACACGCAUAGUGUCAUUUCAUAAAUCAAUAUGGUCCUGGAUCAACGGACACACGUGGAGUCAUGAAAACAUCUGUAUAUAAUGUCUAAUUGGUAAAAGGCACUCCCGAGUCAUCUUGUGAAGUUGCGGACGUGUGGAGACUAGGAAGGAUUGAGAGUGGGUUUGUGGGAUGUGUUAAAGGGGCUACUUGCUGGAGCAAAAUACAAUAGAAUCAUUAAUAGUCUGUUGCUAGUGAGAGUAGACUUUAAAGUGUUAUUUUAUGUUUAAUACAUACUACAUAAUGUUUUUCGUUCAAAAACAUAGGAGGUUGGGUAGCCUGGUGGUUAAAGCGUUUGCUCGUCACGCCGAAGACCCAGAUUCCAUUGCCCACAUGGGUAAAAUGUGCAAAGAUAAUUCCGCUGGUCCCUCGCCAUUAUUCUUCUUUAAUAUAAAAGCGGCCUAAAACUAAACUUGAUCACUCUAAGAUAUCCAUGAAUGAGUCAUUCGAUAUCUCCAGUAAUUGUUGCGUUUCAAUAUUUUACAACCCUGAUUUCAUUGUAUUUUACUUGGUAAGAUGGUCAUCACAGUCAACACUAUUGAGCACAUCCUUUCUUACCUUCAGCUUCUAGGAAGCCGGGUAUUGAUUUCAGCAGUCAGUUGUCCUCUAACAACACGCUGUGUCUAUCUUUUUUUAUCUUGAAAAGGCAUAUGACACAACGUGGAAAUAUGGCAUUUUAAGAG